AUGAAAGAGAAAAAGAAGCAGAAAAGAGAAAAAGCUAAAGCAGCGAAACGUUCGAAAACUAUUGGCAGAGACGAUGCACAAACAUCCGCCUCCCAGCAACCCAGCAAAGAAUUGGAGGAGCAACAAGCAGCAGAAUCGGUGGAAUAUAACACAAGUUGUUCAAGGCCCAUAAUUGGUCGUGUUGUGCGUGGAGAUUAUUCGUUCACACGGGGGAAAGGCUUUGCCAUUGGCUAUUGCUGCUUGCCAGCACUAAAACUAAUUCGUAAUGGUCAGGUGCUGUUCAGAAAUACAACAUCGAAGCAUUAUCAUCCUGGCAAAAUUACGGUGCUGAGAAAUCAACUUGAUCUCUAG